AGCGGAAGCUGCAUGUAUCGCUUCAGUAGCCGGAGGCAGCGGGGGCUGUGCGAGCGCUCGGGUUUGUGAGAUGGCUACAGACCUUCCUGAGUCCACUGCCCCUGACUGCAAAGGAGACCUGAGGAGCAAUACCAAGUCGGACACAGAUUACCCACUUCGAGUCCUUUACUGUGGAGUCUGUUCAUUACCGACAGAGUACUGUGAAUAUAUGCCUGAUGUUACUAAAUGUAGACAGUGGCUAGAGAAGAAUUUUCCAAAUGAGUUUGCAAAACUCACUGUAGAAAAUUCACCAAAACAAGAACCUGGGAUUGGGGAAGGCCAAGGAACAGCAGGAGAAGAGGAAGAGAAAAAAAAGCAAAAGAGAGGUGGAAGGGGUCAAAUCAAACAGAAAAAGAAGACAGUACCGCAAAAGGUUACGAUAGCCAAAAUUCCUAGAGCAAAGAAGAAGUACGUCACAAGAGUGUGUGGCCUUGCAACUUUCGAGAUUGACCUUAAAGAAGCACAAAGGUUUUUUGCUCAGAAAUUCUCCUGUGGUGCCUCAGUUACAGGGGAGGAUGAAAUCAUCAUUCAGGGAGACUUUACAGAUGACAUUAUUGAUGUAAUUCAAGAGAAGUGGCCAGAGGUGGAUGAUGACAGCAUUGAGGAUCUUGGAGAAGUAAAGAAGUGAUUUUAAAAAUUUGUCUGUAUUUAAUGACCUGAAGUUAUAGUUGAUGUAGCCAAAGGGAGGAAGGCCUUUAAAAAUAUAUAUAUUUAUCCUACAGUAAAACUGUAGACUACCCUUAUCCUUGGCAUUUCACUGUUCUGUACAAGGCUGCUUGUGUUUUUCUUUUGUUUUAUUUUUUAAAUUGCCAAAGUCCAAUAAACUGGGGAAAUCCAUCAUGCAUAUGCAUGAAAUAGAGAUUUAGUUAAAUAAAAAAUUUUUGGUCA